UGGACCGGAAGGAAUGGCCCAUUAGCCCAGCUUUCUCUCUGUCUACGCGUGUCCAGUACUACAGUUGCAAGUCAAGUCCAGCUCCACUUCUCCUCGACCACUCCACUAGAGCAGAACCACAUCUAGCUCAUCCAUCCCCAAACCCCCAAAGAGGAAGAAAAGAUUGUUGCGGCGGCUAAUCGGAGGGAGAAGAAUCCAUGGCAUCCGACGGUGUUGUGGCCCUGUACGGCAACAACAAGGCGGUGGUGGAGCCCACCGCCAAGCCUGCCGCCGCCACCUUCUCCGUCAAGGUGGGUCUCGCCCAGAUGCUGCGCGGCGGCGUCAUCAUGGACGUCGUCACCGCCGAGCAGGCGCGCCUCGCCGAGGAGGCCGGUGCCUGCGCCGUCAUGGCGCUGGAGCGCGUGCCCGCUGACAUCCGCGCCCAGGGCGGCGUCGCCCGCAUGUCCGACCCGGCCCUCAUCCGCGACAUCAAGCGCGCCGUCACCAUCCCAGUCAUGGCCAAGGCCCGCAUCGGACACUUCGUGGAGGCCCAGAUCCUGGAGGCCAUCGGCGUGGACUACGUGGACGAGAGCGAGGUCCUCACCCUCGCCGACGACGCCCACCACAUCAACAAGCACAACUUCCGCGUCCCCUUCGUGUGCGGCUGCCGCAACCUCGGCGAGGCGCUCCGCCGCAUCCGCGAAGGCGCCGCCAUGAUCCGCACCAAGGGCGAGGCCGGCACCGGCAACGUGGUGGAGGCCGUCCGUCACGUCCGCUCCGUAAUGGGCGCCGUCCGCGCCCUACGCAACAUGGACGACGACGAGGUCUUCAGCUACGCCAAGCAGAUCGCCGCCCCGUACGACCUGGUGAUGCAGACCAAGCAGCUCGGCCGCCUCCCGGUCGUACAGUUCGCCGCCGGAGGCGUCGCCACCCCUGCAGACGCCGCCUUGAUGAUGCAGCUCGGCUGCGACGGGGUCUUCGUCGGCUCCGGCAUCUUCAAGAGCGGCGACCCGUCGCGUCGCGCCCGCGCCAUCGUCCAGGCCGUGACACACUACAGCGACCCGGAGAUCCUGGCGAAUGUCAGCGCCGGGCUAGGGGAGGCCAUGGUGGGGAUCAACCUGUCCGACCCCAACGUGGAGCGCUUCGCCGCCCGAUCCCAGUAGCUCCAUACCUUCCUAAACUCCUUGCCAUCCCAUGGAUCGUCGUCGUAAUAACUCGAAUCUUGCUUGCAUCAUGUGUCAUUUUGUUCCUCGAGGUGCAUCAUGUAUUAUCUAUCCAGCAGUACUAUCUUGGGUGUUGGUUGCAAGUUCAGAUCAGCUGAGGGAUUUUGCUCUGAA